UUCCCCUCAUCCCUCAGGCCGCCAUGAUGGCGGCGGCGACCCCGCGGCUGCGGCCGCUGCUGCUCCGCUCCCUCACAAUUCAGAGGUUUCGGGGUCCCCUUUGGAGCUGCGGAGCCGCCCCCGGGUUGGGCCCGGCCGUGAGGGGAGUGGCGAGCGCGGGAGAGCAGCCCCUCCCCCUCCCUUCCCCUCCCCCCUCCCCCUCCCCUCCCCCCCCCGCCCUUCCAGAAGCGCCGGAAUUUUCUGGAAAAAUCCCGAAUUUGGAGGAUCUGGGGCUGGGCGGGGCCACGCCCGUGGGAAUGAUCCAGAACCUUCUGGAAUGGCUGCACCUGGAGCUGGGGCUGCCCUGCUGGGGGGCCAUCGCCGCAGGCACGGUGGGCGCCCGUCUCCUCCUGCUGCCCCUGGUGCUGCGGGGCCAGCGCGAGGCCGCCCGUCUCUCCCGCCACCUCCCGCAGCUCCAGCGCCUCUCCCAGCGCCUGGCCGAGGCGCGGCGCGGCGCCGACGCCAACCAGGUGGCCGUGGCUUACUCGGAGCUGGUGUCGUACCAGCGGCGCCACGACGUGAAUCCGCUCCGGGGUUUCCUGGUGCCCCUCGUGCAGACCCCCCUUUUUGUCUCUUUUUUCCUGGCUCUGCAGGGGAUGGCGGCGGCGCCGGUGCCGUGGUUCCUGCAGGGGGGUUUGGGCUGGUUCCCAAAUUUGGCAGCUCCCGACCCCCUGUACAUCCUGCCCGUGCUGGUCACCGCCUCCACCUGGCUCGUCCUGGAGCUGGGGGCGGAGACGGGCGUGGCCGCGCCGGGGGCGGGGCCUGUCCGUCAAAUCCUGAGGUUCCUCCCCCUCGUCUUCCUGCCCUUCAUCAUCCACUUCCCCAGCGCCGUCUUCACCUAUUGGCUGACGUCCAACGGCUUCAGCCUAUUGCAGACGGGGCUGCUGCGAGUCCCCGCCCUCCGGGCCAUGGUGGGCGUGGCCCCGCCCUUGGCCACGCCCCCGGCCACGCCCACCGGCCCCGCCCCCAAAGCCAAGGCGGGAAUCCUGCAGCAGCUGCGGAAAGAGUGGCGCGAGGCCCAGGCCACGCACGAGGCCGAGCAGCGCCGCUGGCGCCUCAAGAACCACCUCGACCUCGCCGCCAAAGGCCCGCUCAGACAAACCUUCGCCAAAAACCCCCUCCCCACACCCAGCACCGCCCCGGCACCGACCUCAGAAAGCCCAAAAAGACCCUGGAAAAACACUUUGGGAUGAGGGGGGAGACCCCAAAAAUAAAAACCGCGCGAAAAAUAAAAAAAA